GCGCGGGUGCGGGGAUCAGGGGGGGGGGGGGACGCCCUGGGCAUGAAGGAUUAGCGUCUCGGUCCUGGGGAUAUGCUGCCGUGCGCUUCUUGAUGAGUCAGCAACUCGGCUUGAAGUGGGUGCGCGGCAAGUGACAUUGGCCAUAACUUAUGGUUGUUUAGCAGGGCUCCGAGGGGAGGCCUUGGAGCAGCUGCUCACAGGCCUGGCUGGUACUUCAGCGAGACGAUGGCACGCGCCUCCCCAGGCAGCGGCGAAGGUCUUCGCUGGUGGGCGGCUCCCCCGGAAGGAGCCUCCGCUUAUGGGCAACGGCUUCGGCCGAGAGGCCGGCCUGAAAGCCUCGCGCAUGCACGUGCCCUUCCUUCUUCCCGGGAUCGGUGGCCGCAUGGCCGCCACCUUGCAGCCGGACUCCUCCCGACGCGAAUGCCGCUCAGAGGUCAAGCCGUGUCAUGGCAGCCCGGCACGCGCCAUUCGCGGCCCAGCAAGUGAGUUGGCUUUGCCCAUCCAGGGCAUCGACCACACUGCAGUGCCGAGCCCCGUGCCUCACCAGGCCAGAGCAGUGUGCUCCAAGAGGGCACAGAACCUCCGGGACACCGGACGCCAGGCAGACAGGGCCUGGUUCCCGCGACUACACCGUCCUAUCUCGGUCGAAUGGCAUGUUCUUCACGCUCUGCUGCUUGUGUUGCUCUGCUUCCCGUCCCUUUGCCACGCCGGUGGUGGUUUACCGAAACCCCAGGGGGGGCAACCUGGCGGAUGUGUGCCUUCGAGCGAAGGAGAUUGUGGAAGACUGCGGUGCGCCGAACGCCCGGGCGUCCGCCUCCCCCGGGCGGGUAUACCCUCAUCCAGCCGGCCCUGUGCCGGUGGACAACCAUCCCGGCAGAUCUACACGUAGCCCAUUGGAUAAUCCAUCGCCCAGGAGGCCCAGCCGUGCGGGCCCUGCUGUCGGGCUGUUUUUUUUGGUGGGAUGGCUGGGCAGCGGCUCCCGGGACCCACCCCCCCCGAUGCACGGAAGGCCCCAUGCCCGGGCGGUGGCAGAAAGGGGUAUGCCAGCCGCGCCGCGGCGGUGAUCAGAGUCGUAUGUCCUGUGAGAGACGGCGUGGAACUGUCGCUUGUCUAAUGUUGGUCGCGUUCGAGCCCCCGGAAUUGCUUUCUCGCCAGCGGAAAGCCAAGGGGCGAAGUGAAGUGGUGGCAGGGAGGCUGCCGUCCACUUUCCAGCGGCCGGCGAGGAGCUCGGGGCCCGUCAUUUCUGAUGGCGUGGGACGCAUCCGUCGACAGUAGAAGGUCGCCUUUUAUGCUGGCUGGCCCGGAUUCUCGCGCGAGUGGCGUAUCCGCACCCCCCUCCUGUGCCUCUGUCCGCGGAUGUGGAUUUUUCGGCGCCCGGGGGACAGCUCUUCGACCUUGUCGAAGCGCUGGGGAUCCCACCCGCGGGCCGAGGGAUGGCUCUGCACGUGUGCCGCGCCUCCUCGCGCCGCACGCACACGCCGGACGCGCUGUGGCCACACGUACAACGUGGUGCCUGCCUCCUCAUCUACGCGCGGUUGUAGGUGUGCCCUGUCAGUUGUGCCGGCGCGCAGGUAUUCGAUGGAUGUAAUGGCACUAGCUGCCUGCUUGGCUCUUUUCUCUCCUUCCCCCCACACAAACGCAAACGCCGGCACACGCUGUGGGUCGCUGGGUGGCAUCUUCCCCCUGCGCUGCUCUUUCUUGGCGUCCGGACUCAUUGCCGCCACCAGCAAGCCGGUCAAUUGGUGCGCCGGGGACCUGCCGGGUGGAGGCUCUGCAGCGGGCGGGGCAUGCAUUUUAGGCGGUUAUUUCUGCUGGGUAUGUGUCUGGGAGGGGGAGGACCUUCACGGGGCGAUCCUGACGGGCAACUGACGAGUGACAGCCCGGCCCUUCGGGAGUCCCGACACCUUGCCUGGGGGCUGGCCCGGCGCCCAUGCUUGGGCUGUCUCGAAGGGAGGGAGGCCUCCCGUGCGGUUGCCCGUGCUCUGUG